AUGAUCGAAAAAGUAGAAUCUGAUCAUGAAGCGGGUUUAUCAGUUAUUAACAAUGAAAGUCUGGAGGAAGCGCGAGAAAGUGAUGACAAAUCUCAAGAUGAUAUUAUUCGUAGUCGGUUAGUAGAUAUUAAAAUGGCAGCCCAAGAACCCACAUUGUCACAAGAACAACUUACAGUUAAUGCUAGGUUGCAGGAAGAGGAGAUACUAGCAAUGGAAGCUAUAUAUGGUGAAGAUGUCAUUGUACUUGACAGAGAAGACGGCUUCCGGUCUUUCCAGAUAAAUAUACAUAUUGAAGCUCCCGGUAAACUUAUAACGUCUACUAAGAUCAGCGGAAUAGACAAUGAAGCAAUGGAAAGAGCUGAUGACUCAGACGGAUUCUUUUACUCCAUCAAUGUUCAGUAUCUUCCCCCAAUCGAUGAUACCGACGGAGAUAGACGUGCCAUUUCAGAAAGCGUCUCCCCAGACGUCGAUUUACAUUCACUACUGAACUAUAAUGACGGCAAGUGCUACGAGAAAUUCUGCCAAAACCUACCUGCAUGCUGCACUUGUCUAAGUGAAUAUGCAGGCACGAAAUUUAUAAGAUUGCCGUGCAAGCAUUUCUUCUGUCACAAUUGCCUGGAGACGUAUUCAGCCAUGCAAGCAAGGGAAAUCAUGGCAAUACAAUGUCCGCAAGUAAAAUGCAAGGAACUGGUUCCACCUGGAUUGGUUAAAAGCUUGCUUGGGGAUGAAAGAUUUGAACAAUGGGAGUCAAAAUUGUUUCAUAAGACACUUGAUACAAUGUCUGAUUUAGUCUAUUGCCCUAGAUGUGACAUGGCUUGUUUAGAGGAUUCGGACCAUCUUGCCCAAUGUCCCAAGUGCUUCUUUACCUUUUGUGGUCUUUGUAGAGAUCGACUUCAUGUUGGAGUUCAAUGUAUAACAUCUGAAGAGAAGCUUAACUUGUUGCGGAAUCGUCAGCCCGGAAUUAAAACAACUAGACAACAACGUAAAGAGCUGGACAUGAUAAAUCAUCUUUUGAAUGAGAAAGAAAUCAAGCGCAUUGCUAAGAAAUGCGCUAAUUGCUCGAUGGCAAUCUCCCGCAUUUCAGGUUGUAACCACAUGCGUUGCACGAAAUGUAAGACAGAGUUCUGUUAUAAAUGUGGUGAAGCAUAUUACACAGGUUACUGCAUGAAUUGUACCGCUUUCGACAAUGAUACUUUUUAA